AUGUUGUUCGCUGAUGAUGUGGCGAUUAUCACAAGAACACGAGCGGAGGCCGAACACAGACUGGAACUGUGGCGACAUGACCUGGAAAGACGCGGCAUGAGAGUGAGCAGGAAGAAAACCGAGUAUCUUUGCACAGGUGGAGGUCAGAAAGAAGAAGGUACCAUCAGAAUUGGAGAUGUCCAAGUGAACCGAGUGAAGGAUUUCAAGUACCUAGGCUCAACCGUGCCAGACAAGGUGAAGGGAAAGCUUCACAAGCUCAUGGUCAGACCGGCGAUGUUAUAUGGAUUGGAGACGGUCCCUCUAACAAAGCCGCAGGAAAGGAAACUAGAGGUGGCAGAGAUGAGGAUGAUGAGAUAUGAAGUCGGAGUAGCGAGGUUGGACAAGACCAAGAAUGAGACUACUAGAGAAAUACUGGGAAUUGAGCGAUACGGUGAAAAGAUCCGGGAGAGUCGACUUAAUGAGGCAAGACUCAAGAAAGCCUGA